CUGCACAUCUCGCUGACCCGGCCGUUUUAUCUGCAGGAGCAUCAAAUCGCCAGCUUCGUCUCAGCGCUGCAGCGCCAGAUGGCGACGCUCGAUACCUCAUCACUUGUGGUGGCGUUUGGCGGAGCUUCAAUCUACCAGAACGAAAAGCAGUCUCGAAGCUUUGUAGCCUUGGAUGUCGAUUUGGGCGCAGACCGCAUACGCAGGCUGCUUGAGCUUGUUGACGCCGUCAUGGUCCGGUUCAGCAAGCCCACGUUCUACGCAGACCCCCGGUUCCAUGCCAGCAUCGUGUGGGCCGACAGGGAUGCUGCUGAUGGGGUGCCCGCUGACACGGGUCGGCUCGGGGACAUGGCGAGGGAGCUUCCGGGGAUCCAGGUCGACCGACUGGUCUGCGUGGUGGGCGAUAAGGAGUAUGCGAUCGCCUAG